UUGACAGGUGGUGGCAGGAACCUACUGUGUGUUUCUGAGAUCCUCGAGCGCAUUUUUCAAAUAAUUAUCUAAAUUUAAGAAAAAUCUUACAAAUUAGUCACUUAAAUUUUUAAUAAGUAUAAGUGCGUUUAAUAAUUUUUGGUUUGUGUAUGUUUUUACAUGUUAUGUAAUAGUUUCUUCAUUAAUAAUUCUAAUUUGAAUUUCGUCAGAUUUGCGCUGAGGAUUUACAGUGGAUGUGUCUUCAUAUAUUCAAAAUGUUCUCCAAAGGUUGUAUAAGAGUAAAACAAACCCUAAAUUUGCUGCAAACCCAUAGAAGACCGUUAUCUACUUUUCGUCGAGGGGUUAAUUUCUUUUUCAAGAAAAAUUUAUUGUUUACUAAUAGUAUUACAUCUGGUGGAUUUAUGUUUCUUGGAGACAUGAUACAACAGGAAAUAGAAUAUCAUGCUAAAAUCAUACCUUACAGAUAUGACUGGGCACGUUUAGGUAGAAUGUUCAUAGUUGGAACACUUGUGGGACCUUUGCAUCACUUUUACUAUAUACAACUAGAUAAAAUUUUACCCCAAAAUAAUCUGAAAACUGUGGCAAUGAAAAUAAUAUGUGAUCAAGUAUUUGCAUCUCCAGCAACUAUUGUAUGUUUUUUCUAUGGAAUGGGAGUGCUUGAAAGAAAAUCUUUUGCACAAAGCACAGAAGAAAUAGGACAAAAAUUCAAAUAUGUUUAUUUGGGUGACUGGUUAUUUUGGCCUCCAGUACAAUUUGUUAACUUUUACUAUUUACCAACAGAAUACAGAGUAUUUUAUAUCAAUAUUGCAACAAUGGUGUUUAACGUAUUUUUGUCAUACAUGAAACAUUUUGACCAGCACUAAUUAAUGUUGCAUAAGCAUAGCACAAUUUAAUAGACAUAUUCAUAACAGUACAAAUUUUAUAAUUGUAUACAUAUUUAGCGUCAUGAUAUAUUAUCUUAAUGUGGAGCAAUUUAUGGAAUAAAAUAGUGAAGGGCCACAAACAUAUUUUUGUGGCUGCGGAAUUUAAAAUUUACCUUUUCUAAAACUUUCUUAAAAUUAACUUUUCUGAAACUUUCUUAAAAUUCUGAAAGAAAAACCAUAUCCUAAAAGAUAUUUUUAGUAAUGUAUGAAGUUCAUUCAUAAAAUUAAGAUAAAUCUGAAAUUUGAAUAUUUUCUUAAACGUUUUACUGUUUUCUACAGUAAAACUAUGGCAACGGACUGUUGAAAAACAGAUCCUACCUAUUAAUUUCUAUUUGAAGGUGGAAUAAUGAAUAAUUAUCUUUUUCAAAUAAGUGGGUAAAAUACUCUUAUUAUUAUUCUCAAAACCUUGUUUUAGUAACAACAAAUUUUCAUUAUUAAAUUUUGCUUUAGUAUUUAGGAAUAUUUUAUUUUUAUGAAUGAAUAUCAUAAAGGAUAUUUGCUUUGAAACAUUGGUAAGGAUAGGCUUUUCUUAAAUAUAAGAAACUUUGUAUGUCGGUGCUCCUCAAAAAGUAAUUGUAAUGGGCGCAAGAUACCAUAAGAUAAAUUGUGAUACAAAUUAUCUUUUAUUGUUGUAUUUAUUGUAAGAAUCCUAAAUAAAUAUAUUGUUUUAAGA